UCUCAUCAGUCGAGCGCAGCAAAUGCGCGACGGAUGAGGUGAUAGACUGCACUGUUUUUGGUAAAUUGUUUUGGGAGAACGUAUAGAGACGUCAGAAAGAAAUAAGAUAAGUCAGUCCUAAAGGAAAUGUAGUAUUAAUAUAGAAACUGGGGAAGCGGGACAUAAGAAACAGCCCGUUGUAUGGUCGGCGUGCGGAGCUGAAAGCUUCCGGCUUCCUCCCGAAUAAAAUAUAAUGUGUCAUUUUGGAAGCCCUUAUUGCCGCACGGUGAACGGGAGGGUCGCCGUACAUGAUGAUGAUGAUCGCUUUGAAAUAUUAAUCUCGGAGCUCCUCGGGGAACUGGAAAGAUGGCAGAACUUGUGAGGCCGAAGAAAAAGAAGAGUCAGCAGGUUCGCAAGUCUCAGGACAAAAAACAAGAGAGGUGUAAAGGUUUACGUGAGGAAGUGCACUAUGGGCCUGUGGAUGGUGAACGUGGAGCAGCUUCUUCAUCUCUGUUUGAAGAUGUGGAGUCUGUGUGCGUCCAGGCCAGCGGUGCCUUUAGCGACAUCCCUCUUACCGCGAACACCGAGCGGCCCGUCCCAGAGCUGGAGGACACAGCGCACGCUGCUGAGCCCCCGCACUCAAGUGCCCUGGAGCCAUACGGAGACCAUGUGAAGCAGUGCAUGUGUGGAGAGGACAAAGAACACACUAAGGAUGCAAGAGGGGAUAACUUAUCGACAAACCAUGAAGAAACACUACUGACCUCAGCGAAGCUUGCGGAUGGUGGCGAUAUCGUGAAAAAUGGGAACUUCUGGACACUUGAAAACUGUAACAUCCCACUCCUUGAGACAUCUGUGGAGCCGCAGUUUAUGUCGAGGAAGCAGGAGAGCAAGACGGGACCAUUGUGUGGAGUGGAACUUAGAGCCCCAGCUGUGCUUCCCAUCACAGAAAAUCAGUUGUCUCCAACAGGGCUGCCGCUAGCAGAGGAGUCCUGUCCACCAGGUCUGGCACCCGCAGAGCUCCUCGAACCCAAAGCUGAGAAAGUGCAGCAGAGACUGUACCCAGAGCUGCCAAAAGCACCUCCCGCCGUGCAGCCCUUCACUCGGGAGCAGCUACGACUCUGGGAGCCGGGCUCCUGGCUGCACAAUGUGGAGCUCCAUGCAGCCGAGUUUGAAUGCGGGGCCCACCAGGAGGGCCACGAGCUGCAUGAGCUGCUACUGCAUUACAGCCGGUGCCGUAAACAGCUGAUCCAGGCUCAAGCCGAGCUGCGGGCUGCAAACUCGGACUGCAAGAGCAGCCAGAACCGCCUGUGGAGCUUUCGAGAUGAGCAGCUCACCCUACAGGGUGUUUGUGCAGACCAGGCCAAAGUUUCCCGGUACCACCGUUUCCAGCAGGUUGUGCUCAACAGAGCUGUGCUGUCAGAGCUGCAGCGUCAGUUUGAAAUGAAGGCAGAGCUUCUGCACCAGACGGUAGCGCUGCACACUUACACAGCAGUGCUGUCACGCCUUCAGAUUGAGUCUUAUCUUUACCAGCUCCUUGCCAAAAACCCCGUGACUAGGAACAUCGCAGUAGCGGAGCCUGCCUCCGAUUGGAGCGAGUCCAAGGUGCAGCUCUCCAGCUUGCAGUCCCUGAAGGAGAGCAUCAGUGUGCUCUUCAGCUUCACCCGCAGGGCGUUCGAGGACACACAGUUCCAGGAGGAUAUUCACAUGUGGCUUCGGAAACUGGUGUCAGUCCUGCACCGAGUCGGCUCAGUUGGAGAUCACCUGUUCCUUCUUAACCACCUUCUGUGCUGCCCAGCAGGAGUGGGGAAAUGGGCCGUACAGUUCCUCCAGGUUAAAGUCUUGGAUAAUCCAUCUGGAGUGUAUCACUUCAUGCAGGCACUAGCUAUACUGAUGUCACCGGUGAGGAACCGUGCAAACUUUCUGUGUCACAUGAAGCCCUGUGAAAGAAAGAGCACUUCUGGACCGGGCUCUGGGAACUGGACUCUGGUGGACGAGGGUGGUGAGGAGGAUGAGGACCCAGAGACCAGCUGGCUGCUUCUUACCGAGGAUGACCUCAUUACCUUUUUCUGCCAGUUCCCAUUUGAUGAGCUUUUCAAGCAUUUACUAGGAAUGAGCUUACAAGGUGCUUAUCAGCCUGAAGAAACAACGAGCCAGAAGAUGAUAAAGAUCUUUGCUUUUGCCUCCUCUGUUGUUGAGCUGUUGGCUGUUGGGCUGCAGACAUACAAUCGUGCCCGAUACAGGCAGUUUGUGAAGCGGAUUGGUCACAUGAUCAGGAUGACCCUGUGUUACGUGAGCGACCACUGGGCCCAGUACAUCAGUGUGAUGCAGGCAGGCACGUCCACGGCGCAGGAGCAGACCUUUCCUGUGGAGAAGCUUCAAGUGGAGUUUGACCACUUGUUCCUGAGGGCGGUGCUGCAUGUGCUCAGGGCCAAGAGACUAGGCAUCUGGCUCUUCAUGUCAGAGAUGCCCUAUGGGACUUUGUCUAGUGCCAUGCUGUGGAAGAUCUACUACAUCAUGCAGUGUACAGAAACAGAAGACCUGGACAGGUUGAGCCUCAGUCCGAGUCUGAACAACUGCGUUGAAAGCGUCAGAGACUGUGAACACCGGGAGAAGUUUGUGUGCUGCCUCUCGGAGAUGAAUAGCUCCGACGCUAUUUGUCUGCUCACCACGUUUGCACAUAUGGCGCAGCCCAAGCGCCACGACGAAGACGCUGAGUUUGUGUGCGCUGUUGUGCUGCAAAUAUAUGAGGUGUCAUAUGUCAAUGUAGCUACAAGGGAGACCUUCUCCAAGGUUGGGCGUGAGCUACUAGCUGCCAUAGCAACAGCACAUCCUCACAUCAUUUCAGUGUUGCUGCGGAGGGUCCAGGAAACGAUAGACAAAGUGGGCAUGGUGUCCUUAUACUUGUUUAAGGAGCUGCCAUUACACCUGUGGAGGCCCGUGUUCAGCGAGAUCAGCGUGAUCCGCUCUUGGCUGCUGGACUACAGCCUGCCCACAGUGGAAAACAAGCUUGCAUGCAUCAUUCUGGAGAGCCUCAACUGGGGCUUUCUUCAGGAUGGCUGUCUGGCCCUUGAUCCUCAGUUACACACUGAAGUAUCACUGUUGGUGGCUGAAUCCUACCAGAAAUACCUUACAGACAAACCAUAUGGUGGCAUUAUUUCAGAGGGCAUCAAACAAGUCUCUUACUUGGCCAACGUGGUCCGUCUUGGCAACACCCCAGAGGCCUCCUUCAGCCAGUGGGCCUGGGAUAUGGUUUUGCGCCUGAAGCUUCACGUGAACGAACGCUUUCCCCAGGAGACCUGGUCCCCGAAGCCCAGCACCAGCACUGUCGUCCCGGACCUCUCGGAUUCACCCACGAUGCACCCUGUCCUCAAAGCGGUGAAAGCUGGACUCCCGAUCGGCUGCUUCCUAGCCCUUGCAAUGACCACCAUAGGACACAGCUUGGAGAAGUUCUGCAGCGAAGGCAUUGAUCUGCUGCACACCCUGGUACAGUACCGGCACCUCAGAGCUGUGGUCCAGAUCCUCGACAACCUUCUGCCCCUGACGUAUCCCUGCCAGUUCUACUUGCUCAACAAUGAGCAAUUCCUGAAAUGUAUCCAGCUGUUUCUGCAGCUUGACAGCGGUGCUCCACAGGGAGUGGCCCAGCAAGUCACCCACAAGGUGUCUCAGCACCUCAUAAAGUUCUCCUCUGGAGAAAAUGUCAAGCUCCUCAAUAGUGUUAUACAGGCCCACCUGCUGGAGAGCUCCAAAAACAGCCAAGUUGGACCAGCAGCAGUGCUGGAGUUCUGGGUUCAGGUUAUGACCACUCAGGACUUUUGGUACAGGGACAAAAGUGUUCUUUACAUCAUGGACCACCUGUGUCAAGCUGCUGUUCUGUACAAACAGGAAGAGUGUGUGCAGAAACUUCUCUAUCAGCAGCACAAGGUGUCCACAAUUACAUUUAAUAUCUGUUUGGCCAAAUGUGUCCUGUGUCAUGCAAGAGUAAUACAAAAUUUUUUCUUUACCCUCCCCUUUCUAAAGAAUGCUCUGGGCCACCAUGGGGACCGAGGUUUGCUUUCCUCAUUUGUGGGCUGGUUUGUGGCUGGAAACGUCACUCCAUCCUUCAUUGAGGGAAAUGCUCUUCCCAGAGAGGUUUGGUUCUCCUGGCUCGUUCUAAGCAUGGAGAGUCUCUUUGAAGAAGAUUCUCAGUUGCGGCCCUGCAUGGAACAUGAAAUGCUAUCAAACACGGGCCUCUCCCCAGAACAGGCCCUCAAGAAAGCGCAGCAACGCCUCAAGCUGCAUGUGGCACCCUCGCUGCAGAGGAUGAUGAUUUACCGCUGGGCACAUCAAGCUCUGGCCACACCAGCCGACCACCCUCUCCUCCCACUAGUGUGGCAGAAGUUCCUGCAGCUGUACCUGCGCCAGCCUGGGCCGGAGUUUGGGAUGGAAGCCAAAGGCUGCAUUGGGAAGCGAUAUUUUCAGAGCUCAACUCAUGCUGGCCUUCUUAAAGAGCUCAAACAAAGAUUGGUGGAGGUGUCCGAUUUCCAUCAUGCCGCUAGCAAGGCCAUCAAGGUGCCCUCAUCCACCUGUGAGACGGGCCAUGCCUCCCCGCAUCCAUCGACACAGUACAUGACCUCUCCUGAACUGCACGUGGAGCUAGUCAGGCUCUUUAGUGUGUUUGCGGUAUGGCUGGAAGAUGAAAAUCUUCAAAGACAGGAAGUGUAUUUGCCCUCAUUGCCAAAGCAGUAUGAUCCUUAUCGCCUGGCCAAAAUUAUGCAAAGCGAUCAGGGUGUGUGGAUGGAAUAUCUGGACAUCGAGCGUGUUCAACAUGAACUUACGAAAGUACUGAGCAUUUGGGUAAAAGUGAGGGCGGAACCACUCUAUGUGAAGAACACCAGCUCCAUUUUCACUGAUAUUAUGAAUCCUGAAGCUGCCAGAGAGCGAAUAUUGAUAAAUCUGAGGAAGCACGACACCCCCCAACCCACCCUGGACCUGGUUCCAAUGAGUGCACCUAUACCAGAUAUUUCACCAAACUGCCUUUCUGAUGAGACGUUGUCCUCCAAGCUCCUCCAAGAAGAUCUUAGCAAACUACAGCAACAAGCAAAACUGGCGGUGCUGCGCGAGACCCAGCAGGUGGCUCUGGACAGCGAGCUUCUGGAGACCUUGCCUCAGCUGUACAUCAACCGCGAGGAGCAACUGUCCGUGCAGCUGGAGUGCCAGGGCAGCGGGGGCCAACCGUGCCAGGGGCCUGCACAUGUCACCGUGAAGUUUGAGGGCAUGUAUAAGGUGGAACCGGUACAAAACCAAAUCCAGGCCCUAAAGCGUGACAUCAGGCAGCUGCAGACAGAUGCCAUUCAGCCCCCUGCGCAAAGCGUGGCCGAGGCUGCUGUGCACGUGGAGACCUUCAUCACGGCCCUUGUCAACAACUUCAAAGUGCUUCCAUCUCCUGUUGCACAGAAGGUCGGCAUUUCAGCCUUUUACCAAGUCGUGUCUUUUGUGUGUGAGGACACCCAGCGUCACCCACCCACACGCCAGUUCUUCUCCUCCUGCAUUGAGAUCCUGGGCCAGGUGUUCAUUCGGGAUUCGCACCAGGAGUGCCGGCGUAUGCUGAAGACAAUUCUGUUGAAUGGACACUUGUGUACGCUGCUGUCCCCGUACUUCACACCAAACGCCUCCCCAGGGGGGCUGGUGGAUAUGUAUGAAGAGGUUGUGAGUUCCCUGGGCACUGACAGUGGGGACGUCAUCUUUAUGCUGCUCACUAAGUUUGACGUGCUGCAGUGGUUGGCUUCAGCACAGCCGUCCUUCUCGGAACGCAGUCGCAUGGUGGAGCUCGUGCAUCUGGGCCUCUCCGUUUGCGGCCUGGAGCCCGACUCAGAGCUCCUCAUGCCCUUCAACCUGCUCUGCAAGCAUUGGACGCAGCUGCUCUGCUACCAGUUCCCCGACCACUACAGUGACUGCCUGCGCCUCCUUAUGCAGAGUUCCUCUGAGCAGCUCCUUAGUCCAGAGUGCUGGAGAGCCUCCCUUCAGGUGUUGGGCUGCUCUCCUCAGUCCAUGAAAAAUGCCCCCAAAGCCCCAGGAUGCACUCGGGACCCGGACCCUGUCAGCCUCUCUCAUCAGCAUGUUGCUGAAACUAUUGAGUGGUUAUCAAAUUUCUUUUUAAAACUUCGCCUCUCUAAAGAAGAUUUCCGCAGCUUUGGCCUGUACUCAAAGUGGGGUCCCUACAUCGAGUAUGUCCAAGUACUGCUGCAGUACCUGGUGGAAUACGCUGUCGACGUGGAGCUGAACACCUGCGCUAAGGAGCCAGUGGGCAGUGAGAAAGUCCUUAAAGCGGUUUUGGAUCUGCACUCAAAAACUGCUGCCCUUUUCAAACCGUGGAUUCUCCUGCUGAACACGAGUGACGAAAGCAACGCGCGCUGCUACCCUUGGCUGGAGACGGACACGGCUGCGGCAGCCAGACUCGUGAAGCUGUACUCCGAGUGCACUAACACUAUACGCAGCAAAUUUAAAGGCCGGAUGCUGGCUGAACACAGAGGUGCCCUGUGGCUGCACCUCAUGCACUACUGCGACACCUGCACGACCCCAAAGAUGCCGGAGUACCUGCUGUACACCUAUCACUCGGCGUACAGCCACCUGCCAUGGAGCGACCUCCACCCUGACCCGGCGCUCAUGAACCGGUUUUUCAAUGUGGAGAGAGGAAGUCCAAAAAGCUGCUUCCUUUUCAUCGGAGAGCUGCUCUGUCAGGUUAACUGGUUCAGCGUGUUGAAAGGUGCCCUGGGCCCCCAGCCGAGUUCUGCCGACCAGACCAUGGUCACGUACCUCUUCUACAUGAUGGUCUUCCUGGCCAAGGAUGAAAACCUGCUCAGCAAACCUGAGUCACCCCUGUUGAGUCUGUUGUCCCAGUCGAGCUCCCUGCCCUGGCACUUUGUGGAUUUGUCUUCGUACCACAACGUUGUGGGCUACGUAAGCACCCGCUACUCACCUACACUGGUCCUGAGGCAGAACUCUUCGUCACAGCUCAUCAUCGAUCUGCUUCAGACAUCGGCUGGCUUUGGCCCUUCUGCUCAGGGGAUUCGUCACAUGGGCGUCACCCCAAAGUGCCAGUCCUUCAUUCGGCUCAUGGUCACUUUCCUGACAUCCCUGGACCAAAGUGGCGACGUCAGUCUGUCAUCCCUGGAAUGUGAGCUGGAGAAGCUAUUGGAGUGUAUUGUGCUCUUCAGUCCACCAGAAACGGAUGUGCAGCAGAGGCACAGGGCCGUCUCCAGCCUCUUCGCAGAGCUGCUCGUUCUGCUCAACACGACGAGCGUUUCGACCGCCGAGGGCCUUGAGGCUCGACUGCACAGCUGGGUGCAGAAGGAGGCACACGCCCACCUGGCGCUACCUCUGCUCACAGCCGCCUGCUGUGGCCUGGCCUCCGUGCGCCACAUGGCCCGCACCACGGAAGCCUGCAUCUCGGCCUACUUUUCACACGGGUGCUGUGUGGACCAGUACUGUGGCUGGGGGCCGGUUCUGGCCUCGCUGCAGGUGCCUGAGCUGACGGUGGAUGAUUUCAUCAAGGAGAGCCUUUCAAUGAGUAGUCUGCUCACUCUCUACGUCUACGUCCUGCAGAAGCUCAACCUCGAGCAAACGCUUGCCAAUGAGAAGAGGACUCUGACGCUGCUUAACACCUGGAUCAGCCAGGUCUUCCCCAGUGGCCCGCAGGACGAGGCAAAGCUGUUCCUGUGGUGGCACAAGAGCCUGCAGCUGGCUGUCCUGCAGGUGGAACAGGGGGAGGAAGGUGGUCUGGGCCUCCUGCUGUCUGGCCUGCAGAACAGAAUAGCUCAGCUGGGCGAGGACCGCCUCAGCUCAGGUAUCCUGGGGGCCAUUGGCCUCGGGCGAAAGUCCCCUCUCACUAGCAGGUUCCGGGUUGUCGCCCGCGGUAUUUCUGCAUUCCUGCUCGCCCAGAUGCCGUCCGAAAGCCAGGUGCGCCUCCAGCCUGAAGCCGACCUCACGCUUUCCACCAGAACUCAGCAGGCGCUGGCAGCCCUGGACUCAAUGGCCAGCAGCAAACAGUAUUCGGAGUUCCAGGAAGCACUGGCUCAGACCUGCCGCUUCAUCAGGUACCCGGGACAUUGUCUGCACGACUGGAGCCGCCUGCUAGCCCUCCUUAUCAACGCAUUGUACGCAGAUGUCCGCUACCUGGACAUCCUGCGGUAGCGAGUCUGGCCCCGGCUCACGCAUCUGCCACAUCCUGUCGAGCCCCUCAGCAAAUGACUGGAGUGAAAGCGUCGCUUUUAACACACACGUGUUGGAUCCGCCAGCGGAAGCGUGUGCUUCUGGAAAGCAUACGCUGAAUUCGGUCCAGUGACCUCUCAUCUUUCUCAUGUGUUUCUUGAUGAACAGUCCAAAUGUGUCUGUGUGGGUCAAGGUGUAAAGUAUCGGACACUUUGUCACUAAGUAUACAGAUGUGCACAAAAACGACGUGCCCACGUGUGGAGCUGUGUAUUUUAUGUGAUUUCGUCAUCAGUAUCAUUGUAUUAAAUGAAUAUUAGGUAUUGGUGAAAAUGAUUGACCUGCUUUGUUAUUUAAAUGUGAUUUAAAAAGAAUAAUGUACAAAAUAUACACUUGGAUCUUGUACAUCCAUAAAUAGGCUUUUAAUAUGCUACAACUGUAGUUAACAGCAGCUUCUCUCGAGGAUGUAGUGCUGUGGACAGGUCACUGCGGAAGCGUGCACAUUUUGCAUUGUCAUUGGCCUUCAAUGCCUUUUAUGCCUUUUGCAUCACAAAUAAAGAACACAAACUG